AUGUCAUCCCCGAUUCAUCUUUCCGACUUCCGGACCGAGCUGUUAGUGCUCAGCCCCAUCCUCCUCCUCCUCCUCUGCGCGAUUAUCACGUCCAUCAGGGACGACACGUUGCCGGAACCGCUAGUCAGCAUUUACCAGCAGUACAAGAAGGACACCAACUCGGUGGCCUCUCGGCUCGCAUCCACGGCCAAGGCAUGUGGAUACCCGGCUAGCCUCUUGUCGUCGGGAUCCUGGGAUGUGCAGGCGAAGGGCAACAAGGCCGGGAAGGGGAGGAAGGGCAGGAAGCAGCAAGCCGCCGGUGGCGGCAAAUACAUUGUCGCGCUCGCCGACUUUCGCCCCCUAGCCAACUUCAUCGCCCGCUCCUCCAAGCUGAGACCCGUCUCGGUCCCGGACUCGUUCGUCACCACCAUCGACCGUCUCAUCGCCUUGCGGGCUAGUUUCCGCACGCACCUGGCCAAGCAUGGAGCGGAGCCCGCCGCCGACGCGGAUGCCAGGCACAGCCACUUCGUCGGCGUGCUCGAGGCCGUCCGCGAUGCUCUCCGGCCCCGCAUGUCCACUCCUCCUCCACGCUUCGACGGGGCGGAUGACGGCCGAGCCAACCGGUUCUCCAUACUGCCCGUGUACGAGCCCUCCGAGGCUUUCCUCAAGGCCCCGGCCAUAGAGAGGCCGCAGCCCGUGCCCGACGACAAGACCGUCUACGAGGCCGAGCAGCAGGCGUCUCUCCAGGAGUCGCUGUUCGCAAUGUCCAUGAUGAUGGACGAUCUCUGCCGCAUCCGCUCCGUCAUCAGCUGGAUCUGGUCAAACUACGGGUCAGACGAGUUUGACCUCGCCGCGUGUGCCGUAGCAACCAACACGGCCACGGAGCUAGCCCAUGGCAUCAUUGAAGAUGUGGUCCCCGUCUUCAGGCGCCACGGCGGAACAAAGAUGGUGUUGAACAAAUACUUUCAGGCCUGCUGCCUGGCAAGCGGCCUCACCGUGGACCAAUUCGACAUGGAUAGAUUCGACGAUUCGGGUUUCGACAGAGACGUGUACAGGAUCGCCGACCGUGUCUACCUCGUCACAUACCGCUUAGUGAAGGGUUUUCUCGACAAGCUCGGCCCACGUGAGCUCCCGCUGGCCCAGGAAGGCUUCUUUGGCAAGUACAGUGCCGCGAGGGAUGCCGCCACCGAGACGGACCAGCAGUUGACCGACGAGGACACGACCCUGCUCAUGGAGUUCUUCACCGAGCUGAUGGUGGUGAUUCGGCUUAUCCCGAACUACCCUGUCGAGGACGAGCUGGUACGGGGGAUGAGGGAGAUGGACCAGGCGCGCCAGGUGCCCUUCCACCUUGUCUUUGCCGCCCAGAUCUACCUUGACAUACACCACACGCUCAGGGCCAAAGCCGCCUCGGGCGGCAUGCGGAUGGUGGUCGAGGCCACCAUGAUGCACUCGGAGCUCGACAAGCACCUUGAGUUCCACCAGGAUCUCAAGAUGGCCACAUUGCCAGUAGAGAGCGACCACAUGGUGGGCGAGUUGCACAAUGUAUUGGUCUCGGUCCUCCGGGACCCUGUCUACGAGGCCAAGGUGCGCGUCAUGCCCGUGGCGGUCACCAUGCGGCGGCACCGCAUCCUGCAGCACUCGCCGGUGCUCGCCGGCCUGACGCUCUUCCAGCUGCGAAUCUGCACGUACAAGGUGGGCAUGUCCGUGGCCAACACCUGGCGCUCCAUCCAGUCCGCCUACCACCUGUACCACGCCCUGCAGACGUGCGGGCUGCUGCGCGGGACCUGGACGGACAUGGAGGUGGCGCACUCGCUGCUCGGCGACUCGGCCUUCUUCGUCGGCGACCCGCCGCGCUCAUUCGACGAUUCUCUUAAGAAGUUUUGCCUGCAAGUGGGCGUGACAGCUGCCGCGGUCGCCGACGCCAGGCAGCCGGGCGGAUGGCUGCAUGGUGGCGGCGUCAGGACGAUGGUGUCGCGCGCCGGCCCGCGCGGAUUCAGGGUCGACCGUCGCCUGCCCGUGUCGUCCAUGUUUGCAGAGAGAUACCUGGGCGAGUCGGCCCAGAUGAGCUGGACGCGCCAGCAGCUUGACGACAUACUCGCGCGCAGCGAGUGGGAGGUCGAGGAGGGUGUCGAUGACCAGUCCGCCACCGAGUACUUGAUGAAGCAGGUCGAUGGCGCGGCCAAGGGCAGGGGGAAGGGCCAGGCCAAGGCACCGACAUCGUCGUCGACCGUGCUGUCGCAGUGCUGGCGGUUGCUGCGGGAUGUCAGGGGCGCCUGCGACGCAGUGCUGCGUGCGCUGUACACGCCCGCGUACAUCGAGCGGGAGGCGGAAUUGUCGUUUGUGGUUGGCUACGCCUUCAUGGCCGCCUGCGACACGCCCGCCGCCGAUCUGCGCCUGCUCCGCUACGUCGCCGAGGCCUUCAACGGCUGGCUGGGCACUGGGGAGCCCACGGUGUCGCUGGAGUUGCUGAGAAAGAUGGGUCACCAUGUCAAGUUUGUCGAGGAUGAGACUUCGGACGGGAAGAAGGAGAACCGAACUCGACGUAGUAGGGUAAAACGCCUGUAG